CGCUACCUGAUGGGCGUCGGCUUCCCCGUCGAUAUGGUCGUCUGCUCAGCUCUGGGCUGUGACAUGUUUGACUGUGUCUUCCCCACACGCACAGCCCGUUUCGGACAGGCGCUGGUUCGCUGGGGCCAGGUAGGCACUCUUUGUGCCGCUAGUUAUAUUCUCCGUCCCCCUCCCCCCUGUCUUUUUUGUCGGUUUAUUCCCGCCUUCACUCUGAGUAUUGACAGUUACAGUUAG